AUGAUGACUAUAAACAUUGUCAAAUGUUUCAACGGAUCAUGGAAAAGCAUUCCUCGAAAUAAAUUAAGAAACAUAUACGCCAACAGAAUAGACAAAUCAACAUCAUCGAUAGAUCCUAAGAAAAUUGAACAUUUUUCAAUUAUGAAAAAUUUAUGGUGGAACGAGAACGGCCCAGUAACUGCUCUCCAUUCAUACAACCCAUACAGAAUACAGUUUAUGAAAGAUAGAUUAAACGCUGGAAUCAAAAUACAGAAUUCAAAUCUUCCUUUGAAAGGAAUCAAGAUUGUGGAUAUUGGCUGUGGUGGAGGUAUAAUGGCCGAGGGUUUAGCUAGAGCAGGAGCUCAAGUAACUGGAAUAGACGUAUCGGCAGAAUUAAUAAGUAUUGCUAAAGAGCAUUUAAAAUUAGAUCCCAACAUAUCAGAAAGAGUGAAUUAUAUUCACACAACCGUAGAAGAGUUUGCUAAUAAGGAGAGCGAAAAUAGCACAUAUGAUGCUGUUGUAGCUUCUGAAGUUUUGGAGCAUGUAUCAGAUCCACAACUAUUUUUAAAGGAAUGUGUAAAAAUUAUAAAACCUGGCAAAUCAAUUUUCAUAACUACAAUAAACAAAACUCUAACAUCUUGGCUACUUACUAUUGCAGUCGAAUAUAUUAAGAAAUGUGUACCUUACGGUACUUUGAAAUGGAAUAAAUAUAUUGCUCCUCAUAAAGUUCAAUAUAUAUUAAAGAACUAUAAUUGCGAAACGAAAUUGAUCAAUGGUAUGAAAUUUAAUCCAUUCACAAAACGAUGGUCUCAAUCGUCUAGUGUAUCUACUUUAUAUAUGCUUCAUGCAAUCAAACAAAAAUAA